CUUCGUCAUACUGGGUCAGUCUGAGCUGUGGCUGUGUCCGGGAAUCGUUUGCUGUUCGCGUUUCUAGUGUGAUGUCCUGUAAUGUCUGUGUGGGGUAAACGCGGUUCAAUUACAAAACCUUCAUUCUGAUCUGACUUUGAGCUGACGGUUUCAUCUUGAUGAUGGCUGACUCGAAUAUAUUUAGCCAAAUUGAAACCGAUGACAUGCCAGACUGGUCCAUGAUGAGCACGCGGCUGAACUCGUUCCGGGCUUUUCCACAUUCUCCUCAGGUUCCCGCAGAGAGGCUGGCCCGGGCUGGUUUCUACUUCACAGGUGAAUCGGAUCGAGUGCGCUGCUUCAGCUGCCAACACACCAUCGAGGACUGGAACCAAGACGACGUCCCAGUAGAAAGACACAAGUCUGUCUCACCCGCUUGCGUGUUUCUCAAAUGCGUUCAUAACCGAAGCUUUGGUCCUGGAACCUCCUCUCAAUCUCAUGGCUCCAUCUACAACGAAGAGGCUGAAGACAUGGAGUUCCGAUUAAGAACAGGAGAGGUAAUGGAUGAGUCAGAUUAUCCCAGGAUUCCACAUAUGAAAAGAGAAGAUUCACGGCUCGCGACAUUCAUCAACUGGCCCUCUCAGUCCCCAGUCAACCCUUAUGACCUGGCACAAGCUGGGUUUUUUUACAUGCCAGAGUCUAGCAAUCAGCUAGACAGGGUGCAGUGUUUCUGCUGCGCGGGCAUGUUGGUCAACUGGGAGGAAGGUGACGAUCCCUGGCAGGAGCAUGCCAGAGUUUACCCAAACUGCUUCUUUAUUUUGGGUCAUGAUGUCGGGAACGUCCCCUCUGAUCAGCCGAGACAGCCAAGCCGUGGUAAUAGCGGGUCAAUGGAAACUUUUGAGGGUCGCCUUGAAAGCUUCAGGAACAGCGUGCAUCCCGUCAACCAUGAAAGACUGGCGAGAGCUGGGUUUUUUAGCAUAGGUGAGCGGGACUGUGUGGUGUGCUUUAAAUGUGGAGGACGACUAAAAAACUGGCAGCCAGAUGAGGAUCCCUGGGAGGAGCAUGCCAAGCACUAUCCAGGAUGCAGUUUCUUGCUUGCAGAAAAGGGGCAGGAGUUUAUCAACAGCAUUCAGCUAAGAAAUCCUGCACACAGCUCUGCAAAUGGAUUUUCCAGUCAUGAGCGCGCAUCAAACGUCCUCCAGUCAGAGAUUGCCAGGAAAGCUAUUGACAUGGGUUUUGAUCCAGUUAAGGUGGAGAGGACCAUUUUAGAAAAGAUUCGUCAGAGUGGAAAGGGCUAUUUGACCGCGAACGACCUCAUUCACGAUAUAACCAGUGGUGUGUUUGAUUGUGAUUCUGACAUGUGUGAAGAAAAUCAGCCUGAAGACCCACUAAAGAAGCUGGAGAAGUUGCAACGUGAAAAGCUCUGCAAGGUGUGCAUGGACAGCGACGUUACGAUUGUCUUUGUCCCCUGUGGGCAUUUGGUGACCUGCAAGAAGUGCUCUGAGUCUCUCCACAAAUGCCCCAUCUGUUGUGCACAAAUCACACAGAAAAUCAAGACGUACAGCUAAUAACCUUCAGCGCAUUCAAGCUCGGACGGAACCGCAUUGCUUAAAACUACACAUGCUUAAAAACACAGCAAAUGUAUGCUUUAAGCUCAAAUAGUUAUAUUGUUUUAUACCAUAGUGUAUAUUGAUGAAAAAUCUUUGUAUAUUUGGAUUACAUGAGAGUAAAUAUAACAUAUGACUAAUAUUACUUUUAACAAAAUAGCUUAGUUUGCGUUUUGUUAAGAAUCCAAAUUAUUUAAAUCUAGGCGUGUUGGGAAAUGAAAAAUAAAUAUAUUGUAAAUCAAUAACUUAUUUCCUUUUUAGGUAUUCUUUGGUGAGGCUGCAUUUUUGCUUAGAUAUCUAAUUUGGUAGAACUUUUUGGUAGACUGAACUAUAUCAAAACAUGACACUACUGACCUGAAGAAACCACAUAUAUACGGCUGAAUUAAAUCACACUUGUCUCAUGUACAUGUAUAGAGAAUUUUAUGGUAAAAUCAUUUAACAAAAAUGGCUGCAGAUACUUUUGCUUAAAAAGUGCCUUUCUUUAAUGUAAUUAAAAUAAUUUAUAUUUUUUAUUUUAUUCCAAUAAAUUGUUUUAAAAUAGUA